AUGCAUAAUUUAGCACAAUUUGAAGCAUCGGAUCUUAUUAAAAAUUACUUUCCACAACAAAAAUAUGAAUCAUUUCCAAUCGAUUAUCUUGCAUUGGGAAAUAAAUUAUUUUGUGGGUCAAAAUAUAUUGUAGCUGGCAAAAAUGGCGCAGAUAAAUAUUUCGAUCAUUCCGAAUGUGUAACAUUAUCAACACCUGAUUUCUAUUAUCAGUUAUGUUGUUGCGAUGAAGAAUUCAAAGUUUGCGGUACAUUAAAGGAUGAUUUAAAAAUUGAUCUAAGCCAACCGAUAUUUUUAAUAAACGAUUCACUCGAUGAACCAAAUAAAUUAGCAAAAUAUGAAUUAGAUGAGAAGUCAAUACGUAAGAAAUAUCAAAAUAAAUUGGAUGAAAGAUAUAGAAAGAAGUCACAAAUUGUUUGUGCUAUUGGAAUGCUCAAAACGAAUGAAACAUUAAGCGAAAAUCGAUUAAUAAAUGAAGCAUUUCCGGCUAAUAUUAGCUCAUGUCGAUCCAUUUAUCAUUAUACGAAAAAAAUUGGUGAAGAAUAUCAAAUGUAA